AUGCAAGUCGCGCGCUCGUCGCUAUCCUUCCCCGCAGGUUCGCCGCCCCAGUCUGCCAUGUACGCCCAAUCUCCCCAUGGUCAGGGACUCAUGGCUGCGCCCGCUGGCUUCAACCGGUCCUUUUCCGACAUGAACGGCUUCCAGCAGCACGCCAUGGAGAAGCCGCAGAUAUACACCGCUGUUUACUCGGGCGUCUCCGUCUACGAAAUGGAAGUGAACCGGGUCGCUGUCAUGCGCCGACGCUCUGACGGCUGGCUCAACGCUACCCAGAUCCUGAAGGUUGCUGGCGUCGACAAGGGGAAGCGCACCAAGGUGUUGGAGAAAGAGAUACUGAAUGGCGAACACGAAAAGGUCCAGGGUGGCUACGGCAAGUACCAGGGCACCUGGAUCAACUACCGCCGCGGACGAGAGUUCUGUCGCCAGUACGGUGUCGAGGAUGUUUUGCGACCACUGCUGGACUACGACAUCAGCGUUGACGGCAACCAAGGCCAGGGCCAGGGCAUCGAGACGCCCACCAAAGAGCAGGCCAUGGCAGCCAACAGGAAGCGCUUCUACACCCAAAGUAUGGACGGCCGCACCACCAGCCAGAGCGUCGGCGGUACCUUCUUCAGUAACAUCUCCUCCACAGCCACCAGCGCCCUUGCAGCAAUGAACAAGGUCGCGCGGCUGAACUCACCUGCCCCACGACCUGCCUCAUCAUCGCAGGGCCGAAGAAGCAUGGCACGACCAUCACAAGGACCACUCGCCAGCCAAGAAUCUUUCCGCACCAGCAGCCAGCAGAGCGUAGCAUCGGAGCGUAGUUUUAGCGGGCAAGGGCACAACGACUCGGCCUACGGCACAGGCAUAGAAGACCCACAAGAGCCACCACGAAAGCGCAUGCGCACAUCGCAAGACGAAUCAUACUCGCAGCCCAACGGAGCAGACAUGUCAAUGCGUGAUCUUGGUUCGCCGACAGAACCAAGUGAGAGCUUUUACCAACCACACCACACUGGACAACGCAUCCAACUUCCCGAUGGCGAGGUUCCUUCGGCACUACCACCUUUACCACACCCCGACACCAAGCACAACGAAGAAAAACAGGCCAUGUUAACUGAUCUAUUCGCGGACCAGACUAGGACAGACUUCACCAACCACCCCGCCAUACUCCAUCUCUCUGGCGCUGAUCUCGACAUGCCAAUCGACAACACUUCGAAUACAGCGCUACAUUGGGCAGCGACUCUGGCCCGAGUGUCGUUGAUGAGGCUGUUGGUUUCAAAAGGAGCGAACAUGUUUAGGGGAAACGCUUCCGGCCAGACACCGUUGAUGAGUGCAGUUUCCGUCAACAACAGCCUGGAUCAUAGCUGCUUCCCGGAGACGCUCGAGAUCUUGGCGCCGCUCAUCGAACUACGAGACUCUCAAGGACGGACGAUAUUACACCACAUUGCGGUAACGUGUGCUAUAAAAGGGCGUGCGGCCUCCAGCAAGUACUACCUCGAAGCACUUCUUGAGUAUCUUGUACGGAGCAAUAUCGGCGCCAGCCAGAUGCCUUCUUUCCACGACACUAGCAACUACCCGAAACCCAUAGGACUGAUGAGGUUCAUGCAAGAAAUGGUCAACGCGCGGGACAAAGCCGGCAACACAGCACUUAAUCUAGCAGCGAGAAUAGGUAACCGCAACAUCAUCUCACAACUCAUGGAAGUACAAGCGGACCCGACGAUCCCCAAUCACAAAGGAACAAGACCGGUCGACUUUGGCGUUGGCAGUGAUCUUGGCGACGGCGAAGUCAUCAUGGCCGCAAACAGCCCCAGCAAGGGCAAGGCGCCCUUGAGCAAAGUUGAGGAGACUAGCCGAGAGAUACAACCAUUGAUGAAUGGCAUCCUUCAGUCAGCUUCGAUGCAGUUCACGCAAGAAGCGCGUCUAAAACAAGACGCGAUAGAUCAAACGAACGAGCUGAUCACCCAACUAUCCACUCAACAAAAGCAGGAGCAACAAAGACUUGAGUCCCUACGUGCUCGGUUACGUGUACGACAAGACCGGGCCAAGCGAAUAUCGAAUCUGAAGCGUUGGCUCGAGCCACAACGACACAUGCUCUCCGUCAAUGCAGGUGACAUCGACCUGCAUGAAAAGAAGAGAAUAGGAUACGCCGAUCUGGAAGGUGCAGGUAUACUCAUCAAGGAAGACGACCUGCCCUAUGAGCUCCGGCAAGCGGGUGAUCAUCUAGAUUGUCGGGCUUCAGAUGGAGCUUCUUAUCUAUCGACAACUAUUCCACUGGACCCGGCAACGCUCAAGCAGGUAUCGCAUCAACCGCAAUAUCAGACCUAUGCCGUUCAGCAACUGCCUGCUGCCUCGGUCCUCCAACAACGACUUCAUACUUACACGAACGCGAACGGCGCAUUACUCAAACGUAGCAAGAUGCUGAAAGAGAAAGAUGGGCAACUGGAGAUGAUGUACCGCAAGGUCGUUAGCUUAUGCACGAAGGUAGAGGAGAGCAGGAUUGAAGAGUGUCUUGAGGGCUUAGUGGCGGCUUUGGACAGCGAAGAAGGAGAAGGCGUCGAAGUAGGUCGGGUCAGGGAGUUUUUGAGAAAGGUUGAGGGCGUAGAGUAA